AUGAAUAUUUAUAUAAAUGAGAAUGAACGUGUCAUAUAUGUUGUACAAUUUCGUACAUUUGAGCUAAUACAAUGUCUGACUGCUGUGAAGGAAAAUGUGGUUGCGGAUCGAGCUGUAACUGCACCUCUGGCACCUGUAAAUGUGAUGGCAAAUGUUCGGGAUCCAAAUAACCAAACACACUUAUAUGGAUGUGGAUCAAGAAAUCAACGAGUCAAUUACCAGGCUAUGAAAUUUAGUUCUGAUUAGCAAGUCCAUAUAUCUUUUUGUCGUUAUAUCGCAUAAACAGAGAUAAUUAGAAUGUAACACUUGAUAAUUCCAUACUACUUAAAUACAAAUUAAAGGAAAUUAAUGAAUAUGUUUUGUAAUAUAAUAUCAACGAAAAUCAUCAUUAUUAAAUGUGAAAGAUAGAAAUGAUAUCGUUGUCCAGAUCAAAUGAUCAUUCUUAUGCGAAAGAAACUCAAAUAGAAAAACAAGUUAUACAAAACCCAGUAAUGAAUUCACUUGAAAGAUAAAUUAACUUUAAAAUGGAACUGUUAAUAACUAUUGUGACAAAAUAGCAAACAACAAACGUAACUAAUUAUAAUGUUAUCACCUAAAACUCUCUUUGUCAUAAGAGCAUUCAUGUGAUUGAUACGGUCAAACUAAUCAUUUAUUCUGAAGUCUUAAACACAA